UUAAAAUAAAAAAUAAUGAUAAUUUAGUUGUGCGCUUGACUAGCGCAUGCCUUCCAUCUAUUUUCAGUCCUAGGUACCUACGGCAUCGCAAAUCAUUGAGACUAAAAAAAUAUUACCGAAUUUUUUAACGGAAUUUAGUGGAUGUGAGAUGAUACAAGUAAUUGAUUAGGACAUUUGCGGUGAGAAAAAUGUGCAAACAGAAACUGAGUGUUUAAAAAUCGUCGAUUUAGAGUGAUUUUGUGUAGCAAUAACCAGCUGAUGGCGGGUGAAAAUACGGGAAUGGCUUGGCAGUUAAGUGUUCGUACAUCCAAAAGUGUUUCGAAGUGAUUUUUAUCGCGAGACUUACAAAUUUUGACUAAUAGUAGUGCGAUUGAUUUAAGAUCGACGUGAAAUUUCCAUAAAAUCGAACCAGUUGAUAAUUGGGCGUGCACACACCUUGUGGCUUGUCAUUGAUAUUUAGCAAUCAUUCAUAAAUUCUGGACUAUAAAUACACUCAAAUGAUGCGUUUGAAAUUCGGUGCGAUUUGACAAAAAAAUUUGAAGUAGUGAAAUGCAGAGUGUUCUUAUACAUACCCUUUUGUAAAUAGUGUUUGCUUGUUAUUUUUGUUGUUACUGAAGGUUUACGAAUUCCGCGAUGUCGACGACGACUACGUUCGUCGAUAGGAUUGAUCCUUUUGCCAAAAGAUCGCUCAAAAAGAAGACCAAAAAAUCGCAGGGGAGUUCCAGAUAUCGAAACUCUCAAGAUGUCGAACUUCAACCCUUGCCUCUUCUCAAAGAUGUACCAGCAUCAGAACAAGAAGAACUAUUCAUUCGGAAACUUAGACAAUGCUGUGUUGCAUUUGAUUUCAUGGAUCCCGUUGCCGAUUUGAAAGGAAAAGAAGUCAAAAGAUGCACUCUAAACGAACUCGUGGAUUACAUAACUGGAGGGAGAGGCGUCCUUACUGAACCCGUUUAUCCAGAGAUUAUUAAAAUGAUAUCCGCAAACUUAUUUAGAACUUUGCCGCCGAGCGAAAAUCCGGAUUUCGAUCCGGAAGAGGACGAUCCCACUUUGGAGGCGAGCUGGCCUCACCUCCAACUGGUUUACGAAUUUUUCCUGAGAUUUUUGGAAAGCUCGGACUUUCAACCGACAAUAGGGAAACGCGUUAUCGAUCAGAAAUUCGUAUUGCAACUGUUAGAAUUGUUCGAUUCCGAGGAUCCUAGGGAGCGCGAUUUCUUGAAGACAGUAUUGCAUCGUAUCUAUGGAAAAUUUCUCGGUCUCCGGGCCUUCAUUCGAAAACAAAUUAAUAAUAUAUUUUUGAGGUUUGUGUAUGAGACUGAACACUUCAACGGCGUCGGUGAGCUUUUAGAAAUCUUAGGUUCCAUAAUCAAUGGGUUCGCGUUACCACUUAAGGCUGAACAUAAGCAGUUCCUGGUGAAGGUGCUGAUACCUUUGCAUAAGGUUAAGUGCUUGUCUCUGUAUCACGCGCAGCUCGCUUACUGUGUAGUACAGUUCUUAGAGAAGGAUCCGACUUUGACGGAACCGGUAGUGAGAGGUCUUCUCAAAUAUUGGCCCAAGACGUGCAGUCAGAAGGAGGUGAUGUUUUUGGGCGAGAUCGAAGAGGUUCUGGAUGUUAUUGAGCCGUCGCAGUUUUUGCGCAUCCAAGAACCGUUAUUUAGGCAAAUUUCCAAGUGUGUUUCCAGUCCACACUUCCAGGUGGCAGAGCGGGCUUUGUACUUCUGGAACAACGAGUAUAUUAUGUCGCUGAUGGAAGAAAACAAUCACGUUAUCAUGCCAAUUAUGUUCCCGGCAUUGUACCGCAUCUCCAAAGAGCACUGGAAUCAGACUAUAGUGGCCCUUGUAUACAAUGUCCUCAAAACGUUCAUGGAAAUGAAUUCCAAGCUGUUUGAUGAACUUACAGUCAGUUACAAAGCUGAAAGACAAAAGGAAAAGAAACGGGAAAAGGAGCGAGACGAAUUGUGGAAGAAACUAGCCGAACUCGAGAUAUCCCAUAACAAGAGUACAUCUGCACAACAUAAUAAUAGCCCAUCCAGCAAAAAGUGAUAAUAUUAAAAUAACAGCCUAAUUACUACCCCCUGCCCUUUGUUAAUUGUUUGCUGGUAAGUAAGACACAUACACACACCGUGCCGGCGGCACACAUCCUCCAUCACACCAUCUCUCCAUCGGAGUCAUGCUUCACAACACCAGAGAAAACGUAAAUAUAUUUCAUGUAUGUCUUUUAAAUAUUUAACACCGUCGCUAGCGCACCCGACCGUGUUGUACCGAACAGUUUCAUGUUGAAUAUGUUAUGUAACUAAAACAACUAGUCUAUUAUUUCGUGAAAUGUAUAUUUGAAUUAUUUUAUAAGUUUUUUUUUUUUGUAAAAUUUUAUCACAUUAA